GUUAAUAUCUAUGUAAUAUUUCAGUUCAUAUUCCACCUGUACCCAAAGACGCAAUGGAAAAAUAGAGGCACCAGUGUCCAGUAAGGAAUUUGUGGACCCUCCCUGGCUGGAGGCGGGAGUAACGGGAAGUCCCUCUGCAUUCUGCUCAAAAAGGUUCACUUUCGCUUUUGCUCCGCUGUUUGCAGAGCAAGGCGAGGGGGGAAGGACGUCGAGUUUUGGGGGCGCUUUGAGUUGGGGUGAAUCUCUGGGAAACCAAUUCCUCCGCAAAGACUAUUGCUGUUGGCCAUGACUGUUUGUGGGCUUGUCACAAACUCUCGGGAACCUGUGCCCUUGAAGAGCAUCUCUGUGGAUGUGGUGGUCCGAGGCUUUGUGGCUGACGUGGUGUCUGAGCUUCGCUACCACAAUGAGGAGAAGUCCCCAGUGGAGGUGGUGUUUGUCUUCCCUCUGGAUGAUGAAGCCGCUGUGUAUGCCUUCGAGGGCCUGAUUGGUGGGACGCGGAUUGAGGCCCAGAUCCGAGAGAAGAAACAGGCAGAGCAGGAAUAUGAGGAUGCCUUGAGUGAAGGCCGGCAGGCUUUCCUGCUUGGAAGAGAAGAAAACACCAGUGACAUUUUCACCUGCAGCCUGGGUAACCUCCCUCCCGAUGGGGAGGCCACGCUGAAGCUCUCCUACGUCCAGGCCUUGGCUCCGGAGCCCGAUGGGGCCAUCCGCUUUGUCCUGCCCGCUGUCCUCAACCCCCGCUAUGCACCUCAGGGUUCAGAAGGGGGCAAUGUCACCAAGAGCAUACCCCGAGUGCCCAAGGGGCAGCUUCCCUACACUCUCGGCCUCAGUGCCACCCUGGAGUCACCUUAUGGCAUCAACCGUGUGGAGUCCAAAUGCACCCUUGAGCCUUUGCACUACAGGGCAGAAGACCGUACGAUUGCCCAGGUCUCCUUGGCCGAAGGGCACCAGUUCGACCAAGACGUGGAGCUGCUGAUAUAUUGCGAGGACAUUCACAAGCCCAGCACCCUCCUAGAGGCUGGGAAGCCUGGGGCUGCCCCAGGCUCUCUGAUGGGGGACCCAGCACUCCUGCUCACCCUGUACCCCAGUGUCCCUGCCCCCAAACCAGGCCAGAAGGCAACUGGAGAAUUUAUCUUCCUGCUGGACCGCUCUGGAAGCAUGGGUUCCUGGACCGAUCGGAACCCUGAUUCCCCAACACGGAUUCAGAGUGCCAAGGAAACCCUGAUUUUCUUGCUGAAGAGUCUCCCUCUGGGAUGUUACUUCAACAUCUAUGGAUUUGGAUCGACCCAUGACUCAUUCUACCCGCAGAGUGUAGAAUACACCCAGGAGACCAUGUCAAAGUCCCUCCAACGGGUGAAGGAGCUGCAAGCUGAUCUGGGGGGUACAGAGAUUCUGCAGCCACUGAAGGCCAUUUACAGCCAGCCGUGCCGGGAAGGAUAUCCUCGCCAGCUCUUUGUGUUCACGGAUGGAGAGGUGUCUAAUACAGAUAAGGUCAUUGCUGAAGUUCAGCAUCACAGCAGCUCCCACAGGUGCUUCUCCUUUGGCAUUGGCGAAGGGGCCUCCACAGCCCUCAUCAAAGGAAUUGCCCGUGCGGCCGGAGGAAGUGCUGAAUUCAUCACAGGCAAGGAGCGCAUGCAGGCCAAGGCCCUGCAGUCUUUGAAGAAGGCCCUGCAGCCAGCCGUGACCAGGAUCUCUCUGAGCUGGGACUUGCCUCCUGGUCUGAAGGCUGAGCUUGUGGGGUCAGGCCCACAGGUCAUCUUCCAGGGGCAGCGCUGCCUCAUUUAUGCCCAGAUCCAUGGGCAGGACCAGUCUUCAGGCUCCACAGAAGGGACUGCUGUUCUUCAGUACCAGUUCCAAGACCAGGCUUUCAAAGAAACAAUGAAGUUCUCACUCCAGGCUCAGGAGACUGACAGGCUUCCUGUUCACCGCCUGGCGGCUCAGACCCUCCUAAAGGAACUGGAGGGGGCCGGGGAGAAGGGAGAAGAAAAGCAGCGCCUGGCACUGGAGACAAGCCUGAGCUCUGGGGUGGUGUGCUCACAGACGGCCUUUGUGGGAGUGAACAUGGAGCUGGGCACAGCACUUCAAGGGCCCCUCAGCCGCCGAGACGUUCCCCAUGCAUUACAAGGUAGAAAGGCAUUGUGCUAUGCACAAUCUGCAUCUCUAGGCGUAUCAUUUUCAUCAAGGCCGACGGCGUAUGGCAGCCCGAUGGAUUUCUGCUCUCCUCCUCCCAUGCAACAUUCUCCCUUGGCUAAGAACUCAGCCGGUCUAUUCAAGGGCAAACGAGCUAUGAGAAAGAUGUGUGGCUCCCUGCUGCAGUCAUCACCUCCUCCCAUUCAAACUUCUUACUCUGCUAAGUCCUCAGAGCCCACUCCCAAGGAGAAGGAAUCGCCUCUCUUGAGCUUGGUGUCUCUGCAAAAUGCUAAUGGCUCUUGGCCACUUGAUUCUGGUCUGGCCACCAUCCUAGGCCUGAGCGAGGCUGAGAUCUCAAGCAAAUCACCUGCCCAGGUGACCCCAGAUGCAUGGGCGACUGUGCUGGCCCUUCUCUGGCUCCACUCCAGGGCCACAGACCAGAGGGAUGAAUGGGAAUUACUGGAAACUAAAGCUCUCAGCUGGCUCCAGGCAACUGCAGGGUCCCAGCUGGCUGAGUGUAUGAAGGCUGGCAAUGAGAUGCUGGGCAGCAGCGUGAGCCCAGAGGCUUUUGGAAUCUGAGUUUGGCUCUGUAGCCUUGUGCUUUUUAAAACAGGAGCUUCUGCUGCACUCUUCUUUUCUUCUCCUGCCAAAGUAUAGCUGGCUGCCAUCUCAUAAAGCUCUUGUCAGUCCCUGAGCUGAGCAUUUCCUUCUGAUUCCUCCAUGUCUUCACUGCAAGAAGUGCUGGAGUUUCCUUUCAUAUGGAGAUGCC